UAACGUGCAGAAAGGCAGGUCACGACUUGCAAAAUGCACAGAAAACACCCAGCGUGUUGCAGAAACCAGAAUCAUUUCUUAAAGUAAAAAGUCACGAUGAAGAUGAAAAUAUGAAAAUACAACAAACCCAAUCCAGCAAUCUGUACCGUAAGUGCUUGUAUGCAUUUCUCUUUCAUUCACGUCGAGUUUUGGGGCUCAGUCAAAUUAAGCCUCUGGCGGAUGAAGAAGGGAAAAAUCAGAGCGAGGAAGCGCGGCUUGGAAAAGAUAGAAUCCACGUACGGGCACCCUGAGGGAGACAGCUGUGAUCCUGGAAGAUGGAAACCACUGGAGCCAACCUGACAAAUUCAAACCAGACCUCCUUGUAUAAGUGCCAGUUCAACGAAAGCUUCAAAUACAUUCUGCUGCCGUUGUCUUACGGGAUCGUCUUGUUCUUAGGACUGGUGCUCAACCUUACGGCUCUGUAUGUGUUAUUGUUCAAGACCAAACGGUGGAAGUCCAACACUAUUUACAUGUUCAACCUGGCAAUAUCGGACACCUUGUACAUCAUCUCUCUGCCCUUUCUGAUUUACUACUACGCUGAUGAGAACGACUGGCCCUUCGGCAAUGCCAUGUGUAAAAUAAUACGCUUCCUGUUUUAUAACAACCUCUACUGCAGCAUCCUGUUCCUGUCUUGUAUCAGUAUUCACCGGUUUCUGGGCAUCUGUUAUCCCAUGAGGUCGCUGCAGUGGGUGAGUGUUCGCAGGGCCCGGGUGGUCUCCGUUGCCGUUUGGGUUACUGUGGUGUCCUUUCAGUCUCCCAUUUUCUAUUUCUCACAGACUCUCUCCGUCCAGGGGGAGAAGAUCUGUUAUGACACCACCAGCAAAGAACUGUUUUCUUAUUUCCUGAUUUACAGCUCUGUCAUCUCAGUGCUGCUCUUCUGCCUUCCGUUCAUCACCGUCAUGCUCUGCUAUUUCCUGAUGGCAAAGAAGCUUCAAGAGUCCAGCGCAGGUCACUUCACCUCAACAUCCAAGAAGAAAUCUGUCAGGAUGAUAAUCAUCGUCCUCUGCGUUUUCGUGCUCUGCUUCCUGCCCUUCCACAUCACUCGCAUGAUUUAUUAUUUCUUCAGACAAUUUGACUACCCGUGCAGGAUGCUCGAGGCCUCAAGCAUCGCGUACAAGGUGACUAGGCCUCUGGCCAGCGCCAACAGUUUCCUGGAUCCAAUUUUAUACUUUCUGGCGGGACAGAGCUUUCGUAACCAGCUCACCAGGAAGGAAAAUAAAAAAUCCAGGUCAAACAUGCACUCUGACAAUGCCUUAACAACCAAAAUAUGAUGUAUGGUGUAAAUGGAGGGAAACAAACAAACAUCUGCAGCAACAAUAUUUUUUAUUUUGACCUGUUGCCUGGGUGUUGUAGACUGGUAGGUCUUGUCACAGAGCUUGCAUGCUCGCAGCAGUACUGUGUCCCAAAGAUGCAGAAUUGCCUAUGAUGAUCAGCAGGGUAGGACUUUUUCUCUAACUUUACUACCAAAAAUGGUUACACAGUGAAUGCUACCAGUUUUUGUUGUUGUUUGGAACCAGGAUGAUGGUAUAUUUACAUUAGAUCAGUUACAUUUUUUUUGGUGGUUGUACUGGGGCUUUUUAGAUAACAAAUAACUACGGUGAGCUGCUUACAGCUGUGAAAUAUAUAUGUGUAAUAGUUUAUUCUACCUGUAUAGUGAAAGCAAAGCUUCCAAAGAGAGAUUUCUUCAACCUACUCUAGUUCCAGGUAUCAUGUUGCAUGACUAAAUGGGAGGAUCAGGUAUUUCUGAUUAAUGCUAUGAUUUUGUAUUACUGCAGUCAUUUGGGUGAAGUGGUAGUUGAAUUGUACUGUACUGAGCUGAACUCACCCAAACUUUGAAUACAUUGUUUUUCUAACUGUACUAGUAUUCCCA